UAUUCUUUAUUAUUAUUAAAUAAAAUUCUUUGAUUAUCAUAAAAUUAUUUUUUUUUCUAUUAUUAAUUAUAUAAAUAUUGAUAGGAAAAUGGAUCAUGAUUCAUUAUAUCAAGAUGAGGAUGAUGAAAAUUUUGAUUAUGAUGAAAAUAAAAAUGAAGAAGUGAGUGGAGAUGCUUUGCUGAUUUCUUUAGUGCGUGACCAUCCUUAUUUAUACAAUAAGGAACUGACGGAUUUUAAAGAUGCCAUUAAGAAACAGAAUGCUUGGGUAGAAAUAGCAAGUAUCAUGAACAUGACAGUGGAAGAGUGUCAAACCAGAUGGAUUCGACUGAGGGAGCGCUAUUCACGCGAAAAAAAGCAACAACAAGAAGAAACAACCACUGGAAGUGGAGUAUCAAAAAGAAAAACGUUUGAAUUUUUCGAUAAUAUGCAAUUCCUGGAAAGAUUUGUUAAAAGGAGAAGAGCAACCUGCUAAGCCGGCUAUUUUCUGAGACGUCUACUGACGCUUGAAGAUUCAGCAGAUGAAGAAAUUAACUAUACCCUCAACUACCUCAGUAGUGAGGAGUUCUUAGGCUGCAUUGACGACCUUGAACUAUCCUCAGAACGUAAAAUAAACAUAAAUAGACCAUUCAUACAAGAUAUAUAUGUUACCAUUAUCUCCACGGUUAUAAAAUUGUAUUAAGAAUAAUCAAAAAUAAAGGAAAGUUAUUGAAAGUUUAUUUCAAUAUUAUAAACAUUCAAUCAAAAUUUUGUUUAUUGUUACGUCCUAACGCU